AUGGGAGGCAACCAAACAUGGGUCACGGAGUUCCUCUUGGUGGGAUUCCAGCUCCGUAGAGAGAUGGAAGUGCUCCUCUUCUGGAUCUUCUCCCUGAUCUACGUCUUCAGUCUUCUGGCAAAUGGGAUGAUCUUGGGGCUCAUCUGUCUGGACCCCAGACUGCACACCCCCAUGUACUUCUUCCUCUCCCACUUGUCUGUCAUCGAUAUCUCCUAUGCUUCCAACAGUGUCCCCAAGAUGCUGGCAACCCUAGUGAGCCAAAAUAAAGCCAUCUCCUUUAUCCCAUGCAUAAUGCAGACAUUUUUGUAUAUUGCUUUUGCUGGUGCAGAGUGCAUGAUUCUAGUGGUGAUGUCCUAUGACAGGUACGUGGCCAUCUGCCACCCCCUACAUUAUACUGCCACCAUGAGCUGGACUGUGUGCAUUACCUUGGCCAUCCUGCCCUGGUCAUGUGGGCUUAUCCUUGCCACUGUCAUUGCCAUUCUCCUUCUAAGGCUGCCCUUCUGUGGGCCCCGUGAAGUGAACCACUUCUUCUGUGAACUCCUAUCUGUCCUCAAGCUGGUCUGUGCUGACACCUGGAUCAGCCAAAUGGUCAUCCUUGCUGCCAGUGUGUUUUUCUUCAUUGGGCCACUCUGCUUAAUGCUGGUUUCCUAUGUGCAUAUUCUCUGGGCUAUCCUGAGAAUCCAGUCCAGGGAGGGCCGCAGAAAGGCCUUCUCCACAUGCUCCUCCCACUUCUGCGUGGUUGGGCUCUUCUUUGGCAUAGCCAUUGUGGUUUACAUGGUCUCAGACUCCAAUCAACCAGGGGAGCCCCAGAAAUUUCUGUCCCUAUUUUAUGGCCUCUUCAACCCAAUGCUGAACCCUCUCAUCUACAGCCUGAGGAACGCCCAGGUGAAGAGUGCCUUCCACAGAGCCCUGCAGAGGAAGAGAGCCAUCUGA